CUGCGAAAUUCGAGCUUUGUGCCAAGUCCAACACAUGGAUCGAUGUGUUCAUAUCCACGUCCUAGAGUUACCGUAGGGAGGAACUCUACCACACCCCAGCGACGACUUCCUCUGAGCUGCUCUAAGAACGUGGCCGAUCUGGCAACAAACGCUGAAAGUGAUUUAAAACGAGCCGGAAAAAUCCAAGUCACAGCCAGAGCUAACAGCAGUUGACGCUCAUGAUUCUACGGCCGUUACUUUCGCCCCACUUGCGGGGUAUUAAAUCAAUCCUGUCCUGGGUUAGACCAGCUGCCACAAGGAUGGAGCAACGAGAAGGCGGCAAGGUGCUUUGCAGCGACGGGCUUGUUUGGAUAGACAUGGAGCUAACCGGCCUGAACCUGGAAACAGGCCGCAUCAUGGAGGUGGCUUGUCUGGUGACUGACAAGGAUCUCAACCCACUCUCAGGGGGGCUGAACCUGGUCUUGCAUCAGCCAGACGACAUUCUUGAGGAGAUGGGGGACUGGUGCAAGGAGCAUCACGGAAAGUCAGGCCUAACCCAGAAAUGCCGUGAGAGCCGUCUGACGGUCAAGGAGGCGGAAGACCAGCUAUGCGCGCAUGUUGGGGGUCUGGUGACACCUGGCCGCUGUCCACUGGCCGGCAGCACAGUUUACAUGGACCGUCGCUUCUUGCAGCGAGACAUGCCUCGACUGGAUGCCUUGCUUCACUACCGCAUUGUGGAUGUCAGCACUGUCAAGGAGCUUGCAAGGCGGUGGUUCGGAGACGAGUAUUACCAAGCCCUGAGGCUGAAAACAGCAUCCCACAGGGCCAUGCCAGACAUCCUGGAGAGCAUAGAAGAGCUAAGGUUCUAUCGGAAGAAGAUCUUCCUAGGAAAAGAGCCCAGUAGUGCCAGAAAAAUAGAACCAAAUGUUUCUAGUUAACAAAUUAUUACACCAUUCACACUGUCAUCAUCAUCAGCUUAUUUUUAUGUCCACUGUAGUACGAAGGUCUCUCCCUGCGACCUCCAAGUACCCUGUCUUGCGCUAGCUGAUUCCAACUUGCGCCUGCAAAUUUCCUUACUUCAUCAUCCCACCUAGUUUUCUGCCAUCCUCGACUGUGCUUCCCUUCUCUUGGUACCCAUUCUGUAACUCUAAUGGUCCACCUGUUAUUCAUCCUACGCAUUACAUGUCCUGCUGAGCUCCAUUUUUUUUUCUCUUAAUGUCCAUUAGAAUAUCGGCUAUACCAGUUUGCUCUCUCAUCUACACCGCUCUCUUCGUGCCUCUUAACGUUAGGGCUAACAUUUUUCGUUCCAUCGCUCUUUGUGCAGUAUUUAACUUGGUCUCGAGCUUCUUUGUUAACCUCGCAAGUUUCUGCCCCGUAUGUUAGCAACGGUAAAAUGCAAUGAUUGUACACUUUUCUUUUCAACAACAGUGGUAAGCUCCCAGUCAGGAUUUGGCAAUGCCUGCCGUAUGCACCCCAACCCAAUUUUAUUCUUCUGCAAGUUUCCUUCUCAUGAUCCCGCUCCCCUGUGAUUAAUUGACCUAGGUAAACAUACUCCUUUACAGACUCUAGAGGCUUACUGGCGAUCCGGAAUUCUUGUUCCCUUGCCAGGCUAUUGAACAUUAUCUUGGUCUUCUGCAUAUUAAUCUUCAACACCACUCUUACACUUUCUCAGUUAAGUUACUCAAUCAUUUGUUGUAAUUCAUCCCGAUGGUUGCUGAACAGGACAAUGUCAUCUGCAAACCAAAGGUUGCUGAGAUAUUCGCUGUUGAUCCUCACUCCUAAGCCUUUCCGGGAAAGUCUAAUAGCUUGAAUACUUCUAACUAUGCAUUGAAUAGCAUAGGAGACAUUGUCUCUACUUGCCUGACCCCCUUUUUGAUAGGUAAUUGUCUACUUUUCUUGUGGAGAACCACUGUAGCUGUGGAAUCUCUGUAGAUAUUUCCCAAGAUAUUCACAUAUGCCUCCUGUACUCCUUGAUUACGCAUGCCUCUAUGACUGCUGGUAUCUCUACUGAAUCAAAUGCCUUUUCAUAACCUAUGAAAGCCAUAUACAAUCGAACCAACUUUUAACGAUACCUCUUUUAACAAUAUAUCGGUUAUUACAAUGAGAAACUGCUGCACCAUCAACUUUUGUAUGUUUUCUAUGGUGAAUUAACCGACUUAAUUACUACAGUGCCCUGUGCCGCAUUAUCAGUUUUAAUGAUGAAGUCUGGAUACUGGGUGUCCGUGCCGAAAGAGAAUGGAAUGCGAAAUCCUUGAAAAGAAAAAAAGAAAUUCGAGCAGCUGCAUGCCAGCCUUCUCCGCCUCGCUCUCCUCACACGCCUCUCUCCCGUUGUCCUUCCACCCCUCCGAACACGAAUGGGCUCUACCCAUAGCUUUACGCCGCACCACCCUCCGAAACACGAAUGGACUGUGCUAACUGUGCUGAUAGCCCUGAUAGCACUGGCAGUGGUUGCUUGCUGGCCGCUCAUACUGCGCAGUUCUGCCGACGGAUUAAUGCAAGUGUUGCAUGGCACACUUUUGAUCGCGAUUAAGCCCAAUCCGGAUUGAAUUUCUUGGUUGUGAUUGACUCCUUUGCGCAAGCUGCACGAGGGAGCCAAUUGCGGUUGAGAAUUUCGAUCUGGAUCGGGCUUAAUUGCGAUCAAAAGUGGUUGUGUGACACCGGUAUAAGUUGUUCCGGGCCACGUGGUUUCUCAGCCUCGUUUGACUCGCCGCCUAAACGGAAGAUGGCUGAUCUGCCUGCUCAUCAUCGGCAAUGCAUGACAUUAGAGAGGUUUAGUUUGUCCGCUAAUCGGGUAAACGCGGGCAGACCCGGGCCUUGGAGCGUUGUGGCGGAACCGUAAACGUGAGCGGCUUGUAUGAUGCCACCUGGUAGUGCAGAGAUCAAACAGACAGAAACAGCUAAUAUUGCAGUAACCAAGUGUAUUCUACUUUGCUGCUGGUGUAAAUAUUGGGCUGCAACAUGAUUAUGCCACUGCCGAAUAUAUAUAUACAUAUAUAUACAUUUACCAUAUUUAACUGCUUUUUAUGAAAGAAAACUUUAUUAAUAAAACACAAAAAGCACGA